AUGUUACCACCGCUCAUCGCUCUCGAGGAGCAUUUCUUCUCCACCGGCGUUCUGAACGCCCUCACUGAAACCUACCAAGAACAGUUCAAGCACGUCCCAGGCCUCCGCGACAAAAUCGCCGACCUGGACCAGCUCCGGCUGAGCGAUAUGGACAAGAACGAAAUCUCAAUGCAAGUCAUCUCGCACGCCUGCGUUCCCGGCGGCCCAACUGUCCAGCAAUGUAUCGAAGGCAACGACCAGUUAGCCGCCGCUUGCAAAAAGCAUCCCAACCGCUUCGCUGGCUUCGCAGUGCUGCCGAUGGCUGACGCGGAGGAAUCUGCUCGCGAACUGGAGCGAACGGUGCGAGAGUUGGGCUUCGUGGGUGCGUUGAUCGACAAUCGCGCGCAGGAGAAGUAUUACGAUGGCGCGGAGUAUGAUUGCGUGUGGAAGCAAGCGCAAGACCUCGAUGUCCCCAUCUACUUACAUCCCACUUGGCCGGCGGAGAGCAUGGCUGCUCAAUUUACGGGGAACUUCACGAGCGGAGCGAGCAGGAGUCUAGGGGCGUCUGGCUGGGGCUGGCAUGCUGAUUGCGGUUUGCAUGUCUUACGACUGCACGCUGCGGGAGUGUUCGACAGAUUCCCUCGACUGAAGAUCAUACUGGGGCACUUUGGCGAAAUGUUGCCCUUCCAGCUGCAGCGCAUCUGCAACCUGAGUGUGCGGUGGGGAGAAAUCCAGCGAGAUUUUAAGACGGUAUGGCAGGAAAAUAUCUGGAUCACGACGAGUGGAGUGUGGUCUUUGGAUCCGUUGCGAUGCAUUUUGCAUAAUACGCCGAUUGACCAUAUCAUGUUUAGCGUGGACUAUCCGUUGGAGAAGAACGAGAAUGGAUUGAUGUGGAUGAAGGAGUUGGAGCAGAGCGGACUUGUGGCGAGUGAGCAGUUGGAGAUGAUUGCUUAUAAGAACUCGGAGAAGCUGUUGAAGGUGAAGGCGCCGGCAAGGUGA